UCUACUCGCUACUCGCUACUUGAAUUCGUUCAUAUUUUCUUCACUGUUUGGCAGAAUUUUUGCCAUUUCUGUGGGUACAAACUACCAACUCUUCGUGAGGGAAUCCCAAACUAGAAGUCAUCGCAAUGAAGGAAUGGAAUGACCAAUAAAUAUUUACAGUCAGUCAGAAGCUAAAGUGAAUGACAAGUGCCAGAUGAAACUGAAGCAGUUAGAGACACACCUUCAACAGGUGGAUGCAUUUGAGGAGCCUAAGAUUUUAUUGGAACAAUACCCAACGAGGCCCCAUAUUGCAGCAUGCAUGCUACACACAAUGGAUGCAAGAUAUGGAGACCUUCAAGGCAAGUUGGUUGCAGACCUAGGUUGUGGAUGUGGUGUACUGAGUAUUGGAGCUGCUAUGUUGGAGGCAGGGUUCUGCAUAGGCUUUGAUGUAGAUGAGGAUGCACUGGAUAUCUGUGCCCAGAAUGUUGAGGACUUUGACCUGAGGUCAAACGUUGACCUGAUACAGUGUGACCUGACCUCAUCUGACCUGAUGGGCAGAUGGCGUAACCAGUUUGACACUGUCAUCAUGAAUCCACCAUUUGGGACAAAACACAAUAAAGGUAUAGACAUGGUUUUUCUAAGACAGGCCUUGGAUCUGGCCAACACUGCUGUGUACUCACUGCAUAAAACAUCAACAAGACAGCAUAUUGAGAAGAAAGCCAAAGAAUGGGGGACUGAGAUGGAAGUAGUUGCUGAACUGCGUUUUGAUUUGCCUGCGACAUACAAGUUUCACAAGCAGAAAUCGGUUGACAUUGAGGUAGACUUUCUUAGAUUUUCAUGGCCGAAAACAUUGCCUACAUCUCCAACUCAGUGCAGUAUGAUCAAAGAGAAGGGUCUGCCAGGUGAUGUCAUAGGGUCAAGGUGGUGAGGGUGAAGGUGGUGAGAUGAGGAUUCUUCGAGACAAUCUGAUCCACAGAGUUGGCAUCGAAGUAGACCUUCUCAGAUUUUCAUGGCGGACAACCCUGCCUUUCACUGCCAAUUCAUUGACAGGCCAGUAUGAUGAAAGAGGAGGGUUGGCCAGGUGAUACUUAGGGUCAAAGUGGUGAGGAUCGAGAUGGUGAGAUUCUUCAAGAGGGACAUAUCCACAGAGUUGGAAACAGAUCUCACAAGUUGCUGGACACUGCAAAACCAUAUCGGGACAAAUGCACGAUGGUGAACCACUGUAGGGUUGACCAGGUGAUAGCAUGGAGUCGAGAUGGUGAGGGUCCGCUCAGGGCCAAGGUGGUGAGAUAAAGAUUCUUCAAGAGAGAUGGAUUCACAGAACUGGCAACAGAUCUCACAAGUUGCUGGAGGAUGGUGCUCUGCUGGCCAGACAUGUUUUCAGAUAUCUGUGUCCCUGCUUGUUGCCAUUGAAGUAGACAUUCCCACCACUGCCACCACGCCACUACAGGAGUAGUAGUUGGAUGUCUAAACAUACACGAUCAAAAUAGAACUCGUUUUCAUGAGAAACUACUGCUUUUAAUACUGCCAACAGGUCAGGAAUAAACGGUAACUAAUACAGAGAAGUCAUAACAUGAAGUGAACUAAGAGCGACCUCAAGAUGGCGCUAGACUGAACUGGCGCUUAGACUUUCAUUGUUGGAAACAUUGAAUGGAUCCCUUCAGUGCAGUUCCUGAUCAUAAAGGUCAUAGAAAAAAAACAAAUAUUUUCAUUUCUUGGAUUCUGUUAUGUGAAGCCAAGGACUCUCAAUUAAAGCGAACUAGAAACCAAUGAAGGAAGACAAGGAUGGAAAGUUUGAGUUUUGGGUUCAAGAGGUGGAAGGCGUUCUUAAAUUGAAGCACCACUUCUCGAGGGUUACUAAAAACUGCAACCUACAUGUAACCUAGUCCAUACUUGUUAAUAUUGCUCUAUGAUAUUUCUUCCCCUUCAGAUGUGAAUAAUAAAUUCUAAAAUGUGUUAAGUUA